AUGAAAUCAGUCGCUGUUCAAUUAGAUAAACCACAUGAGGAUGUUGCAAAUCGGAUUGAUAUGGGUGAGAAUUUUGAGGAGACUCAGUUGAGUCAGGAGACUGAAGGGAGGGGAAAUCAAUUGAUAGUGGUGGGAGGGAUGCAGUGUUUAUCAGUUGGUAGUUUUGAUAAUAUUGGUGGUGGUGAAUUUUGUGGUUUAGAUAAACAGGUUUCUCUUUCUUCUGGAGGAAUAGUAAGGAGGAUUGAUCCGCCGAAUAAAGGGUAUUGGUUUGAUGAUGGAAGUUUGCUGAGACGAAGUAGAUCCAUGGGUCAAAUGAAGGAUAUUAAUGAUAAUGACUCAGUGGAUUCAAAAUCAAAUUCUUUGGAGGUAGGUCCACUGGACUUUACUGAUAAGCUGAGGCCGAGAG